AUGGUGAUAUUAAUGUCCGAAGUCGUAGCAUCUCAAGCAUUUCUUUGUAAGGAAGCAUAUCUUUCUUUUCCUGUGAUAACUUACAAUCAUCGCCGACUUAAAGGCUUCACGUUCAAAACAAUUCACUUUGCCAGCGUGGUAUCCUGUGGUUUGCUAUGUCAGAGAAACCAUCGAUGCGUUUCAACAAAUUUCAGAAAAGUUUUCAAAAGUGAGGGAACCUGUGAGUUGAACGACAGAGGAGCUCUCCUUACUGAGAAAGGAAACGAACUGGAAUACGACGAAGAAGCAAUUUACACCCAAUUUUACGACACGGAGGUAAUAAAAAAAAUCUCGAUGAAAGACAAAGAAGAAGGUGUUAUUGGUUGCUCCAGACACUUGUCUUUCAUUCGUGGUAUCUUUCUCAUAAAAUCUUCAUAUUUCGACGACAGAUGUGAAAACUUUCCAUCUGUCAUAUUUUUCUUUGAAUGUUUUUAUCGUUUGGCCUUCAAGUAGCUCACUUGUGCAGUCUCCAUACGGUGAUGAACCUGGAAGACUAGUUGAUUUCCCGAUAAAUUAAAAAAUAAAUGAUUUUUUAUGUUUUCAGCAUUACUUUCAGGCAUUCAAGGAAGAUUUAAAAGUCGUCAUCUGCAAAUGUAAGUAGCGUUGGUUUGAAAGGUAUUCUUGAGAUUAAUGUUAACGACCUCGUGUUUAAAUUACAAUGAUUUACUUGUCCCGGCUGCUUCUUGUCUCUCCGCCAAUAGGAUGCGGUGUCUGUCGUCCUCGCGAACCUUCGCGAACCUUCGCAAACAUUCCCGAACCUGCUUGAAACACUCCGAUUCUUAUAGUUUCCUUGAAAGUCCACGAAUGGUGUCAAAAAAAAUUACCGAGGAAAUUGUUGCUCAGGUUACAUAUUUAUCAAAGUGGAAAUCAAGCUUUAAAUUUCCACAAGUGACCAAGACAGAAUUUCUGCUUACAAUAACCAUACAAUAUCAAUCAGACAGGUGAUGAGAAUAAUGAAAAAUAUAAGUCCUCCUUUAUUCCAUGAUAAACAAAUCAAUAUCUGUGUGAUUGUAUAUCUCUGUCUCAAUUUCAGGUGCGGAAUCACCAAAAGCCCCAGUUCCCCUCGGCAUGGAAAGCGGUGCUAUUUUUGACUCACAGAUCACCGCUUCCUCCAUGUAUAAUGAUAAACAUGCCGCACCGAAUGCUAGAUUACAUUUCAAAGGAUCCCAAAACCCGCUUAGAUAUGCUUCCUGGGUAGCUGGAGUGAAAAACACCAACCAAUGGCUGCAAGUGGAUCUUCAGCAAACCACAAGGGUAAUAGGCAUAGCGACACAGGGGAGACAUGAUCACGAUCAGUGGGUUACUAAAUUCAAGCUACAAUAUGGUGGUGAUGGACUAUUUUUCAGAGUUUACAAGCCAAACGGAGACAAAUCAGACACGGUAUGA